GCCGGGCGCGGGGGGGGGGGGCUCGUUCUGUACCGGGGGGGGGGGGGCCGGCGGCGGCCGCGGGGCUCGGGCGGGCCCGGGGAGCGGCGGGGGCCUGGAACCGGGAUUGAACGGGCCACGGGCAACGACCCCCCCCGGGGCCCCCUCCCCGCCGGGCCGCAUCCUUCAGCUGGAGCUGCCGCAGCGCCCAGCGCAGCGCAGGCAGGAUGAUGUGCGAGGUGCUGCCCACCAUCAGCGAGGACGCGCGGCGCGGGUCGGGCGCGCCCGAGGAGCCGGGGCUGGAGCCGCUCAUGGUGCAGAUGCUGCGGGAGCGGGAGCGGCUCCUGGACACGCUGCGGGACACGCAGGACGCGCUGGCCACGGCGCAGCUGCGCAUGCGCGACCUGGCCCACGAGAAGGAGCUGCUGCAGCGCCAGCUCGCGUGCGCGCUGCCUCAGGAGCUGGCGGCGCUGACCAAGGAGCUGAACCUGUGCCGGGAGCAGCUCCUGGAGCGGGAGGAGGAGAUCGGGGAGCUCAAAGCCGAGAGGAACAACACCCGGCUGCUCCUGGAGCACCUCGAGUGCCUGGUGUCCCGCCACGAGCGCUCCCUGCGGAUGACGGUGGUCAAGCGCCAGGCUCAGUCCCCCGCUGGCGUCUCCUCCGAGGUCGAGGUGCUCAAAGCCCUCAAGUCCCUCUUUGAGCACCACAAGGCCCUGGAUGAGAAGGUCCGGGAGAGGCUGCGGGUGGCUCUGGAGCGAGUGGCUGUGCUGGAGGAGGAGCUGGAGGUCUCCAACCAGGAGGCUCUGUCCCUCCGGGAGCAGCUCUCCCGGCGCCGUUCCGGCGUGGAGGAUGCACCCAGCGAUGGGGACAUCCCGGCCGCGGGCGAGGGCCGGCGCCGGGAGCUGGAGCUGGAGGCGUCGCUGUGCCGGCAGCGCGCCGUGGCCGCGGCGCAGCGGGAGCGCGCGGCCGCCAUGAGCCGGCAGCUGGCCCGGCUGCAGGACGAGGCGGCCGCGGCCCAGCGCGAGCUCGCCCGCGCCCAGGAGAGCGGCGCCAAACUGCAGCGGGACCUCAAGGAGGCGCUGGCGCAGCGGGAGGACAUGGAGCAGCGCAUCGCCACGCUGGAGAAGCGGUACCUGAGCGCCCAGCGCGAGGCCACGUCCCUGCACGACGCCAACGACCGCCUGGAGAACGAGCUGGCCAGCAAGGACUCGCUCUACAGACAGAGCGAGGAGAAGGGGCGGCAGCUGCAGGAGUGGCUGGAGGAUGCCAAGGCCAAGCUCCAGCAGACGCUGCAGAAGGCUGAGACCCUGCCCGAGAUCGAGGCCCAGCUGGCCCAGAGGGUGGCAGCACUGACCAAGGCUGAGGAACGCCAUGGGAACUUCGAGGAGCGGCUCCGGCAGCUCGAGGCCCAACUGCAGGAGAAGAACCAGGAGCUGCAGCGGGCCCGGCAGCGGGAGAAGAUGAACGAUGAGCACAACAAGAGGCUCUCGGAGACCGUGGACCGGCUCCUGAGCGAGUCCAACGAGCGCCUCCAGCUCCACCUCAAGGAGCGCAUGGGAGCGCUGGAGGAGAAGAACUCACUGAGUGAAGAAAUCGCCAACAUGAAGAAGCUGCAGGACGAGCUGCUGCAGAACAAGGAGCAGCUCCUGGCCGAGAUGGAGCGGAUGCAGCUGGAGCUGGACCAGCUCCGGGGGCGCCCCACAUCCUCCUACUCCAGGUCCCUGCCCGGCAGCGCCCUCGAGCUCCGGUACCCCCAGAGCCCCGCCGGGGGCCCCCCCCUGGAGCCCUACGGCCCCGCCGCCCCCCCCCGCCGCUCACGCAAGGGGCGCUGGGCCCCCCCCAUGGAGGACGCUACCAAGGGCUCGGAUUGGGAUCGGGUCCCUCCGGAGCCGGCCGAGGGCUCGGACGAGGAGGGCGCUGCGGGGGGGGGGGCGGACCUGUCCCCCGGCGCCCAUCCGGACGUGCAGACGCUGGCGGUGCUGCUGCAGGAGCAGCUCGAGGCCAUCAACAAGGAGAUCAAGCUGAUCCAGGAGGAGAAGGAGAGCACGGAGCUGCGCGCGGAGGAGCUCGAGAGCCGCGUCGGGGGCGGGCCGCUGGACGGGACCCCCCCCUCGAGCUCUGGGCGCUACCGAGGAGGGGGCGGGGCUGGGGGCGGGGCCUCGCUGCCCCCCUCCCUCACCAGCUCCACCCUGGCCAGUCCCUCCCCCCCCAGCAGCGGCCGCUCCACGCCCCGCCCCGCCCCCCCCAGCCCCGCCCGCGAGAACCACGUCCCCAAGGAGGAGCCGCGGGGGGGGGAGGAGAAGGGGCCGAGCCCCGGGGACUCCUCCGGCGCCCCCCGAAUCCCCCGAGCGGAGCGGGGAGGCCCCACCUCGGCGCUGGAAGAGGGGCGAGAGCCACGGGUGGGGCUGGUCCCCGAGGCCCCCGGGACCCCCCCGGACCCCCUGCACAAGACCCCCAAGAAGAAAAGCAUCAAAUCCUCCAUCGGGCGCCUCUUCGGCAAGAAGGAGAAGGGGCGGCUCGGCCCCCCCCCGCGGGACGCGGCUCCCCUCGCCGGCACCCCCUCGGAGGAGCUGGGCCCCCCCGAUGCGCUGGGCCUGGCCAAGCUGCCAGGGGCUGUGGACAAGGACCGGCGGAGCAAGAAAAAGCACGAGCUGCUGGAGGAGGCCUGCCGGCAGGGCCUGCCCUUCGCUGCCUGGGACGGGCCCACGGUGGUGUCAUGGCUGGAGCUGUGGGUGGGCAUGCCCGCCUGGUACGUGGCGGCGUGCCGGGCCCGCGUGCGCAGCGGCGCGGCGCUGGCGGCGCUGACGGAGCCGGAGCUGCAGCGGGAGCUCGGCAUCAGCCACGCUCUGCACCGCCUCAAGCUGCGCCUCGCCGUGCAGGAGAUGGUGUCCCUGACCAGCCCCGCCGCGGCGCAGCCCCCGCCCAGGUCCUCGGGGAACGUGUGGGUGACGCACGAGGAGAUGGAGUCCCUGACGGCCACCUCCAAACCGGAGAGCAGAGAGAUCAGCUGGGAGCAGAUCUUGGCCUAUGGGGACAUGAACCACGAGUGGGUGGGCAACGAGUGGCUGCCCAGCCUGGGGCUGCCCCAGUACCGCAGCUACUUCAUGGAGUCCCUGGUGGACGCGCGGAUGCUGGAUCACCUCAGCAAGAAGGAGCUUCGGGGGCAGCUCAAGAUGGUCGACUCCUUCCACCGUGUGAGCCUCCACUAUGGCAUCAUGUGCCUGAAGCGCCUCAACUACGACCGCAAGGAGCUGGAGCGGAGGCGGGAGGAGAGCCAGGCCCAGAGCACCGACGUGGUGGUUUGGUCCAACGAGCGCGUGAGCGCGUGGGUGCAGAGCGUGGGGCUGCGGGAGUUCGCGCGGCACCUGCCGGGCUCGGGCGUGCACGGGGCGCUGCUGGCGCUCGAUGACUCCUUCGACUGGGCCGACCUGGCCCUGCUGCUGCAGAUCCCCACCCAGAACACACAGGCACGGCAGCUGCUGGAGAAGGAGUUCAGCGCCCUCCUCAGCGCGGGCACUGACCGGCGCCUGGAGGAGGAUGGGUCGAAGCCCUUCACCCGCUCCCCCUCCUGGCGGAAGCUGUUCCGGGAGAAGGAGCUGCGUGGGGGGGGCCCUGACCCCGAGAUGCUGCCCCCCAACUUCCGGGGGGGGCCCCUCAGCACCCCCCCUCUGCCUCUGCGCAAGCUGCAGCCCGAUGGUAACUCCCUGCCCCCACAGAGGGGGGAGGGGGUCUCGGUGCGGACGUACUCGUGUUAACGGUGA